AUAAAAUUACAUCAUGGGCUCUUCACAAUCGACGCCAAAGGUGCAAGAUGCCAACGCCGAUGCUGAGAGAAUUCGUAAGGCUCAACACAGCAUGGCUGCUGCUGGAGGAGGAUCUCAAUGCCCAUUAACACCUGAACAGAGAGCUGCUGCAUCUGGAGAGAAUUGUGGAGCUGGUGGCGCUUGCCCGGUUGGUGCUGACAAGGCUUCUAUCAAUCCACUCAACAAUGAGCUCGAACAUCCAAAUCAAAAGCCAGCCCCAGAUCAGCCAUUCGCACUUCCAACGAAACGAGAGAAGUCUACAAUCCCGAAAGCUGGAACAGAAACUGAAACCUGGACCUAUCCAAGUCCCCAAAUGUUCUGGAACGCCAUGCUGAAAAAAGGAUGGAGAUGGCAAGAUGACUCGCUGAGCAAAAGCGACAUGGAAAACAUUAUCAGCAUCCAUAACGCUAACAACGAGGAGGCAUGGAGAGAGGUGUUGAAAUGGGAGAAUCUUCUUCAUCCGGAAUGCGCAGAGCCGAAACUGAAAAGCUUCAAAGGAGAUGCCAAGAACCUAUCGCCAAGAGCUCGUUUCCGCAACUUGUUCCUCGGAUACGAUCUCCCAUUCGAUCGUCACGAUUGGAUUGUUGAUAGAUGCGGAACCAAGCAAGUUCAGUACGUCAUUGACUACUACGAUGGUGGUGCUGUGGAUCCAAGCUCAAAGCUUUUCACUAUUCUUGAUGUUCGACCGGCCGUGAAUGAUAUUGGAAACAUCUGGGAUCGAAUGGUUGUUGCUUAUUGGAGAUUCAAAUUCGAGACACUUGGAUUCACACCGAGCCUGCCGAUUCCACCAACUGAAGGACACAAUGUCAACCAUUAAUAAGUAUCGCAUUAUCAUCAAAAUUAUUUCCAAUAAUUUACCCACCGCUCCAUAAGCCUAAUAACAGUUUCGCAAUUAGCAUAUUUCGUAGAUAGAUUAGUGUUCUUUUUUUCCCCCUCGUUAUCAUUGUUUGCUGUUAAUUGUCUUUUUUCUCCGCAUGGAGCCCCGUUUGCUCAUGAUCUUUCAGUGUCUUCCGUCAACUACCCGUUACUUUACUGUGUUCCACCGAAAUACCGUUUUUCCUUCUUUUCUUAUCGAUUCUCCCAAUGAAAAAUGGUCUGGUUA